AUGAAGCAGCCACCAUCUCUGUGGAUCUCAUCAUUGCUGUCUCUGGGAAGCGUUCUGUUACUGCUGUUGCUGGCAGUGUCUACUACAAAACCUCCUCAAGAUGGAACACACAACCGUUUGCCACGACGAUCCCUGCAAGAAGAAUCGAAAUUCUACAAUCUCUCGUCGACUCGAGAAUGUCGCAACUACGUCAUGCCCUUUUUCCAGAACAAUACAUUUGACGAACAGGACGAAUGCAAGGCACUGCACAAUGCCUACGAAACGGCCCAUUGUCCCAACGAUACCGAUGCCGCCACGGGCAUCAUUACGGAUGAUUUGGUACUCGAAUGGCGACAAGUCAAUGCCGAUUGCUGCGCAAAUAUGGAACGAUUCUAUCUACGGUAUUGCGAAUACCCUGCGGAAGAUGUUACUACUAUGAUUCUGGAUAUUAUUGGCAUUCUGCUCCUCUGUGCCAUGGCGCAGGCAGGACUGCACUCUGUUUCCGCAUUGCAUUGGAUCCCCGAUGCCUGUGCGUUCAUUCUGAUUGGUGCCGCCAUUAGUGCCAUCAUGGCGCAAGUUCAUCAUCAUGAAAUGGUUUACGAUCGAUUUUACUUUGACGAAGAUUUCUUUUUGCAAAUUCUACUCCCACCCACCAUUUUUCAAGCGGCCCUCAGUAUUGACAAACCGUCCUUUGGACGACACGUGGGACCCAUUCUACUAUUUGCGUUGGUUGGGACGGCAAUGUCGGCCGUAUCCAUUGGGAUCAUGACCCAUUACUGGUAUCCUACAUUGCCGCUCUUGGAAAGUCUCGUUUUUGGAGCACUCAUUUCAUCUGUUGAUCCCGUGGCCACUCUGGGCAUCUUGUCGGGUGUGGGUGUUGAUCCCUCUGGCACGCUCUACGCCAUGAUUGCGGGAGAGAGUUUGUUGAAUGAUGCCGUGGCCAUUGUCUUGUUUGACACUCUACAACAACAUUUGGGGGACGAUGAUGCGAUUCUGGGUGAUCUUUCCACCUACCAAGAAAUGAUGGGACAUUUUGUGACGGUGUCGGUGGGAUCCAUGGUGGUGGCCUUGGUACUCGGUGUGUGUUCCGUCCUGUUCUUUUGGAUGUUGCAAGGACAACAAGUUGCCGUCGCAGAAGUUGGCUCCUUUAUUGCAUGGGCAUUGAUACCGUACUAUGUCGCCGAGGCUUGGGAUUUGUCGGGUAUUAUUGCCAUUUUGACCAUGGGUUUCAUCAUGGACUUUUACAUUUUGGGAUGCCAUUCCGACGAUCACGGGCAUCCUCCUCCCAUAAUCAGCCAGCAUGGUACCCUGGCAGACAUCAUGUCGGGCCGAGGCCUGUUGUCGCCCGAGUGCUGUCUCCAUAUUGGGUUCAUCUCUCAUGCAAUAGCUGCCACCAUGGAAACCAUCAUCUUUGCCUAUCUGGGACUAUUCCUUUUCGAUGACAAGGUCUACAGCAUGGCACUCGACCAAGUGGCGGUAUGGAGCUGUGUCAUUAGUCGUGGUGGCAUGGUCCUAUUGCUGAGUUGGGUCGUCAACACAGUCAAAAUGCCACUGUCCUGUGUCCGGCACCAAUCAAACAAUAACGACGCAACAGCAGUGUUGCUGGAUCCAAAGACACAACUCAUGAUAUUUCUAGCUGGCAUUCGUGGGGCCGUGAGUUUUGCCUUGGUGGCCAAAAUCCCUGUCUAUGAUGUUAUCGAGGAAAAGGGGACAAAGUUCAAGGCAGAGCUCAAAGCAAUGACAUCAACAGCGAUUAUCUUUACUCUCUUUGUCUUUGGAGCAUUGGCGUACUUUACUGUCGACAGGCCGUCUCCUCCCCUAACCUCGGCAGCCAACGACGAGAUGAAAGUCAACAAGGGUUCUGAAGAUGUACUGAGCCCACUAACAGAAUCAAUCCCUGAAUCAAGGGGGAAGUAUGGAGCAACAGACGACGCAGCAAAGCCAACUUAG